CAAAGAAGUAAACAAAAUUUUUGUCGCCUUGUUUACAGAACUUCGAAGUUACAGAUGAAGUAAAUUAUAUCUAUACAACCAGCAUAACAAGUUAAAUAUGAUAUGAUGACUUAGUAAGAUGUCAUCCCCCAGUGUAAAAGCUGAGAAUGGGAGUAAAGUGUUGCCAGGGGAUAAAUCUGGAUUGCCAUGGGAGAUAUGGAGAAUUAUACUUUCCUACCUCUCUGCUGAAGACCUCUGUGGAUCAGCCUGUGUAUGUAAAACAUGGAAUGAUCUGGUGAUGAGUUUGGACAGCACAAGGUGGCAUGAAUUAUAUUUACAAUGUUCAGAUUGGAAACACCCAUAUUGGCCCCUGAACACAGAUUCUGAGCCACUGUCAUGGCGACAAGCUUACAGAGACCAAAUAAUGUCUAUAAGGUUCUGGAGUCGAUACUCCAAGGAGCCUGAUCCAGGCACUAACUGUUUGUAUGUAUUAAAACGCAGGAAGGAUCGAAAAGUGAUAAGAGUAGGACGAGAUAUGGAACAUAGCACAUUGAAGAGUGCUUUAGCUGUAGCCAAUGAUUACGAUAGAAUUGAGGUGUAUCCUGGGAUUUAUGACGAACAGUUUGAGAUGUCAUCCAAAAUACCUUUUGAAUUGAUUGGAGUUGGUGAGCUUGGAAGUAUAAUUCUGGUUGUUUGCAUUGAGCAGAUUGGACUGACAGGUCGUGUCAGUAACCUUGUAUUCAGAGCACCAUGGUUUACAAAUUUUAUAUUAAAGGUAAGGUUUGGAUAUCUCCAGGUAGAUAACUGUAUAUUGGAGGACGGAAUGGUCUACGUACAAAGUCCUGGGUCUAGUCAUAUAAAAUACUGCACAUUCAGACAUGCUACUGUCAUCUUUCAACAUUUGACUGCUAGUAUUAUUGAGAAUUGCGAGUUUUCACAAACUGACACAGCUGCAGUCACCAUUGAAGGGUAUCCUAAAGAUGAUAGGAAUUGGACGUACAAUUCUCUAUUGGAAAAAAUAUCACAAAAUUGUAAUAUCAAGAAUUUCAAUCGACAGAAAAAAGACGUUGCUCCAUUUUCUGCAUAUUCUGCAUCAACUGCAUUGACAUCUGGUCAUAAGACACUUGAAAAAUCGUACACUUUUUCAACAGAUCAUGGUGAUUUUGAUCAUAGAAGGAAAAGUAUAUGUAGUUCAGGGAAAUUUUCAAGCAUGGUGACAACAGAGGAUCAUGGGAAUUGCGGUCAUAGUUCAAACGGGUCAGUGCAUUUUGAAUCGGUGAUAAAUUCAGAUGUCUUGGAUUAUCUUCCCAUACCUACAGCAGUGCUUUGUGAUCUUCCGUCAUUUGAUAUGACAACACCAAGUUUGUUGCCAAAAUUUGAUUUGUCCACCUAUUUGUCAAAAUCAGGCAAUGACAAUGUAAAAUAUGGACAAAAUGGCCAAGAUAAUGAAUUGAAACCAACAAUAUCUCAGUCAAGUGAACAAAUGUUUUCUUCACAAAAGACUUCCACAAUGGGAGAUAAUUUAUGUGAUCAGUCUGCUCGUACAGUGGAAAAGUCUGCAUUAAAGCUACCUGAGGAUUCACCGUCAAAUGUGAAUGGUCCAUCAUCAUCCAAUGUGAAUGGACCAUCAUCAUCCAAUGAGAAUGGUCCAUCAUCAUCCAAUAUGAAUGGUCCAUCAUCAUCCAAUGAGAAUGCUCCAUCACCAAGUGAUUACGUAAAUGGUGAUGCAAUAGACUCUUCACGAAACUGUGCUCAUUAUGUUAUGGAAAAUGAUGCUAGAAAUUUACCUGAUGAUGAUGACGCUUCAUCACACCAUUCCAAUGCUAACAGUAACCAUAGUAAUAGGUCAGGACUUUCAGGAAGUAGUGAAAGUCUGUAUCGGGAAGAUUCAGAUGAGUUUGAUUCUGGGUCAGUGGACAGUGGUAAUUCAAAUCAUCAUAUAGGUGGUAGUUCCACUAGCAGCAGUGACAUUGAAGAGGUAUCGUAUUCAUCUGACGAUUUCUCUUCAGAAGAGGAAUCAGUUAUCAUGUUAUCACAUCCUGACCAUCAAAUGCCAAGGUCAAUCUCGUCAAUCAGUCUAGGAGCAGACGUACAGUCAAUCUGUAGUCAGAACCAAUCAGAACACAUCAAAAUCAUCGAGGACAAUGACAUGAAGAAAGUUUUGGAUGACAUUCGAGGAUGUAUGAUUCAUCGAUGUCGGAUCACACAGGGUAAAGGGGGUGUGGUGGUAGCGUUACAAGCACAUGCUGUGAUAUCUCAUUGUGAUAUUAAUUCUGUUGGAUAUGGAAUAAGAUGUAUUCAGAAUUCAAAGGUUGUGAUAUUAAAGAAUGAGAUUCACCACUGUAGAACCUCAGGGAUUUUUAUGAGAUUAGCAGCUUCAGGUGUGAUAGCAGGUAAUGAUAUACAUUCCAACUGUGAGGCUGGUAUUGAUAUUAGAAAGAAUGCUGAUCCUAUUGUACAGUGCAACAGAAUUCAUCACAGUAAGAGAUCAGGUAUUGUUGUACUUGGAAGUGGGCGUGGUCAGAUUAAAAGUAACGAGAUUUACCAAAACAAGGAGGCUGGAGUAUACAUUCUGUACAGGGGAAAUCCUAUUGUCAGCAAGAACCAUAUCCACAGUGGAAAGGCUGCUGGGAUAGCUAUCAAUGAAGGAGGAACAGGAUAUAUUGCUGAUAAUGUCAUAUCCGAGAACCAUUGGGGAGGUGUGGACAUUCGACAUGGAGGUGACCCAGUUAUAGUCCAGAAUAUCAUCUGUAAUGGUCUGUCUGAUGGUGUUGUUAUUGGGGAGAAAGGAAAGGGUAGCAUAGAAAAUAAUGUGAUAUCUGGGAAUUCUGGGUGUGGAGUCUGGGUUACUACUGCUUGUCAACCAAUGAUCCAUGGGAACCAGAUCAACAACAAUGGAAGCAAUGGUAUCACCUUUGUAAACAAAACUGAUCUGUCCCAUGAAGGUGAGACAAUGAAUGUUGACAUUGGAGAAAUGACAAGUCAGCGUAGCAUGCAGAUGUGGCAGCUAUUUAAUGAUGAACAGCCACCACCAAGGAGAAUGUGUACCAGAGCCACUGUGGAAUACAACAGCAUAUACCAUAAUAAUGGUUGUGGAAUAAAAAGUAAUUUUGGUGAUGAGUUGGUAAUUCAGUGUAAUGCUGUCCAUGGUAACAGAAGAGAUGGUAUACUACUAAACCAGAACUCUCCUGUGUUGGUGAAAGAUAAUAGUGUAACAUGUAAUAGUGGAAAUGGUAUUAUAACAGAUAAUCAAGGAAAGAUAAAAAUCCAAGGCAAUGGUGUUUAUGACAACAGAGACCAUGGUAUUAUCAGUCAAUGUGAGGUCAUAAUUGAGGACAAUGAUGUGGUUGGAAACCAGAGGAGUGCCAUACAACUAGACAGAAACCCCUCUGUAAAGGUUGUAAAGAACAGAAUUCAUUCCAAGUCAGACAAAGCCAUUACCAUGACAACCAUUUCUGAAGGUCAAAUACAUGACAACACAUUGUUUAAAGGUCUAAGAGAUCCACUUCAGUGUUCAUCAGAUAGCAAGUGUACUGUGAAAAAUAAUGAAAAUGUAGACAUGGAUAUAAAAACCAAUGUCAGUGAUGACUUAAAUGCAAGCAAACAUGGCAAAGACUUUAGUCUUCUGAAGGACCCACCAGCUAGGCCUCAUAUAGAGGCUCCACCCACCAUCAUCAGGGCACCUGCCAAUCACAUAACAACUGUUACCAGGGUAACCAUACCAUCAGACAAUCAAUGUCAAGAUGGAAGUAAACUGUGUAUUAUAUUAUAAGAUUUGAAAGUGUACAAACAUAUUUGAUUAGUUAAAAGUAUGAUAUUUAAUUUUGGGGAUGUAAUAGAAUAUUGUUCAAAAUUCAAAGAUUCACACAGCAGAAUAGAUGAUUAUUAUUCACAAAUUGCAACUCUUUCAACGUCAGUGAUCAGAAAGGGGCCCAUACUUGACAAAAAUGUUUUACACAAGUUUAAGUCUACAAACUUAUAUUUAUAAAUCGAUCAAAUAACUGAGGUUUUUUUAAAAACAUUUUUUUUUUAAUCAGAAGAAGUAUGCUUCCCUUUUUAUUUUUGGAGCGUUUAAUUUCUUGGAUCUCCCAUGUUCAAACAGUGUGCCCAAAUGGAAAUCAUUUGGCAGACAUACAUCUUCUAUAGUGUGAUGCCUAUUUUAUAGAGGGUUAUCUUAACCAAACAUGGCUCUGGUAUCUUUGGUGAGUUUUAAUGACUGACAGAAUGUUAACAUAUAUAUAAAUAUAAUACCUUUACAUAGUGGGAAAGUCAUGUUUGAAAUUAAAUAACUUGUUAAAAAAAAAUUACGUAUAUUUUUUAACAGAUUUGUUGUUUUCUAAGUGUUUCCAAUAUAUAUAUCCAUGUCCAACUUUGCAUUUAACAGCAUUUUUGUCGAGCCUGCGACUUUUGUCGCAGAAAGCGAGACAUAGGGAUAGUGAUCCGGCGGCGGCGGCGUUAGCUAACUUCUUAAAAGCUUUAUAUUUUAGAAGGUGGAAGACCUGGAUGCUUUAUACUUUGUAUAUGGAUGCCUCAUGUUACUAAGUUUCCGUCAGUCACAUGUCCAAUGUCCUUGACCUCAUUUUCAUGGUU